AUGGUUCAGAAACGUCUCCUGCUGUUCCUCGUCACUAUCCUUCACAUUUUCUAUGAAAAUUGGGUCCCUACCCCCUCCUGCGACGUUGUUCCCGGCGUCAGCAAUCAAGAAAUCCAUCAGGGAAAGGUGGAAGAUGAUCUCAAGGUUAUGAUGGUCGCCGAUUUGCUCUUGUCGGGCCAUGAAUCCCGAUCCGGGUACUUGGAUCUACACUUCAAAGACUUCUACUUUUCAAGAUUCUUCAGAAAAUCAUUUGAAUUCCUGAAGCCUGAUAUGCUGAUUGUCUUAGGAGAUGUGUCUGCUAAAGGAUCGGAGCUGAGUAGAAGCAAAUGGGCAUCUGUUCUACAAGAAUUCCACAGCUUAUUGGGUCCAUUUCUUGAUCUACCUUAUCAUGUUGUUCCUGGAGAUAGGGACAUUGGCGAAUGCAGUCAGCUGAAUGAUAUAUCUGUUAAUAAGAUCACUAGAAGUUUUCCUGGAUUGGAUUCCGCUGGUUGUGGUGCAUUCGAUAUUGGAAACGUUAACUUCUUUUCACUCAACUCCGUUGCAUUGCUAUGUGGGGACAAUGAUCUACGCUUUAGUGUCGAAAAAGCUUUGGAAAGAGAGCACAUAGAAUUGCAAACGGGAAGCGGAAAUGAUUCUGCCGGAAUCAAGAUUCCGCAGUAUGACUUUAGCUGGAGAGAAAACGCAAUGUCAUCUGGAUCGGGUCCUGUACUGUUACUUCACUUUCCUUUGCAUCAAAUAGCAGAAAAUAAUUGGAGAUCUGGGAGCUUGCAGGAUAAAGCCGAACCAUCAAAAAGAAGUCAAUUUAGGGACGGAUCAUAUGGGUUAUCGCAAACUCUUCCACCAAAUGCAACUGAAUAUAUCUUUCAUGCUCUUAGGCCCAGGAUGGUUUUUAGUGCACACACGCAGACGUUUUCUGAUCACACUCACCCAGAUGGGAUUCGGGAGAUAGUUGUUCCUGCCAUGUCGUGGGAUGCAGGAAAGAAGCCUGCGUUUGUUGCUGUAACAUUCAGAAGGAAUGGGACUUCGGCUAUUGUCAGCCAUUGCAAGCUUGCUGGAAGAUCUCAUGUACUACUCUUUUACAUCUCUCUUUUGUUUGUGUUGGUAUUAACUGUUCAAACAACUUUAAGAAGUUGAUAUUAUAAACUCGCGUCUCAAGAUUGUCCGAAACUGAAGCAUUUUGAAAAGUUGGGUUGUUAUUUGGUGCAUUUUGCUCGUAAAGAUGGCAUUUAUUUAUUUCAAUAUACACACACACUCGAUUUG